UAAUGCUAAUGCUAAUGCUAAUGCUAAUGCUAAUGCUAAUCCUAAUGCUAUCUCCUUACCCCUGCAACUUGCACCUAUUGAAUUAACUAAACAAGAUCACCAACAUGAAUUCACACGAUUCGACUUAUCAUUCAAUUCGAAUGUCAAUAAGAAUUACUCAUUUAUUACAGAAAGUUUAAGAACCAAAAUCAUUCAAAUCAGUAAUAUUCAAGAGAAUCAAUUCCCAUCGCUUGAUGAACUAAAUGAAUACAUGAGAUUAUACGAAUUAGAAUUUAAUAAAUAUUUCCCAUUCAUUCAUUUACCUUCAUUAAAGAAUCCUAUGGUAGAUAAUUUUGAAAAUAGUCCAUUAUUACUUUCUAUGGCAUCAAUUGGAGCAUUAUAUUCAUUCCAUGAUAAUAAUACUUUAAUAUUGUUUAACUUAUCUAAAUUCCAUAUCCAAAGUUUCUUUGAAAAGGAGAUUACUUUGGAUAACCUUCAAUUUAAGAAAGUGCCCCUAAUGGCUCAUCAAUGUUUAGUAUUACAUAUUUUUAUUUCCAUGUUUUUAAAUGAAGCCAACAUGAUUGAUAUCACUUCUCGACAGAUCAAAUCCAUGAUUGGAUUAAUUAAAUCAACCAAUUUUAAUGAACCAUUAGAACAAUUUCUUAUUCCACCUAAUUCAAUCUUAGAAAAGCUUUCGGAUAGUAAUUCCGAUAGUAAACAUCAACAAUUACUUCAGAAUAAUUUUGAUUAUUUCAUUAUGGCUCAAUCAAGAAUUAGAACUAUUCAUGUAUUCUAUCUAUUACAAACUUUCCGAUCUAGUUUAAUUGGAUUACCCAUAUAUUUUAAUUCUAAAUUCUUAAAGAAUGGGAAUCAUUGUUAUAGGGAAGAUUUAUGGAAAUGUGAGACAAGUCAAGCGUGGUUAAAUGAGUUGAUUAAAAUGGAAGAUUUUAGUAAUUCCACUAAUCAAAAGCAACUGUUGGUAGAUUUAAGUAAUGGAGAAAGUCUUGAAAAUUUAGUAAGAUUACUUCAAGAUAAUUCUAUUAAUACUAAAUAUUCCAAACUAUCUUAUUGGAAUUCCCUAACAGUAUUAACAUAUAUUCAUGAACAAGUUCAAUCAGAAAUACUCAAUUUAGGUAAAUCAUUUACGUAUGUGGAUUGGAAAUUAAAUCAUAAAGUUAAACUUCAAAGAUUAUUAAAUAAUUGGGAAAUUAAAUAUUUAUCAAAUGAUGGAAUUAUAACUAUUAACUCAUACAAUAGGAAUCAACUCAACAUUCGGAAUGAGCUCAAAUUGAUUUUACCGUUAUACUCUCUUGUUAAAAUUAAAUUAGAAAUCAAUAUGAACCCAAUCAUGAAUGCUGUGUUGAGUAAAGAUUUUGUCACUAUGAAUAAUCAAAUAAAUUUGGUGGUGUUACAAGAAGAUGUACAUGAAAAUAUUAAAAAUAGUUUGCCGCACUGUUUUAGUAUUGUCCAGAUUUGGGUGCAAAAUAUUGAGACCAUUAAUUAUGAUAUCAAACAAACAUCAUUGCGAACUCCUGUUUUUUUCGUGGCAUGUUUAUUUGUGGCUACAUUAAUGAUUUCUACUUAUUUACAUUAUUUAGAAGUUAAGGCGGCCAAGAAUCAGGAGUUAUCGGAUAAUGAUUUAAUUAAUUGGUUAAAUUGUGAAUCCAAAAUGUUAAUUGUGGAGAAUGUAUUAUCUCCCGUAUUAAAAUCAUCAUAUUCAGAAAUGUUAACUAAACAACAAGAUGGAAUCUUUAGUUCUAUAAAGGAAAAUAAACAUGUAAGAAAGAUUAAUCAAUUGGUAGAACAAAAGCAAAAGAUAUCUAAUGAUUUAUUAAUUGUUAAUGAAGAUUGUAUAACUACCCAACCUGAAAAUCAGGGCAAAUUAAUUAAAUUAAAUAAAGAAUUGGCUGAUGAAAUUAAAGAUUUUAAUUUAUCAUGUAAAGUACUUUAUUUAGGGAUAAGAAUUUUAGCUGAUGCUCCUGUAUGGCCUAUAGCCAUGGGAUUAGCAGAAGCUUUAAAAAAUAGAGCUAGUUAUUUAUCACUUAAGAGUGCUUCAAGUACGGGUGCUAAUUCAGCAUCUCCACCAACAGUUAAGAAGCAGGUGAAAAAGUAGAGGAAGAAAAGUUAAGUAUGUAACGAAUAAUGAAUAAACUAAGUAAAUAAAUA